CUUUGCGCGAAAUUAAAAACAAAACAAAUAGUUUCCACCGUGUAACGCGUGUACAAUGGACUAGUUGCACUGUGCGUAACUCUAAACGAAAACGAGGCUUGGUGGGCAUGCUCGGAAAACCUCCAAAGUCCUUGCUCGAGUGAAAUUAUGUCAUCACUACACUGCUGUGUUCCUCAUUGUACAAAUGAUUCGCGAUACGACAAAAAGGGAAGAUUAUCGUUCCAUCGAUUUCCCAAAGACAAAACACUCAGGAAACAAUGGAUAUGCAACAUUGGGCGAGAUGUCGGAGAAUAUUUUCAACAUCAAAAAAGAAAAAGGCAAGAUGAGAGUUACUCUGAGAUCACAGACAACACAAGAGUUUGUUCAGCACAUUUUAAAGAAGAUGACAUAAUCAAAACUCUCACUGGACUGAGAAAAUUGAAAGCAAACACAGUGCCCUCCCUUUUUAAAUGGUUCAAAUGUACACCCAGUAGACCUCCACUUAAAAGAAGAUACUUACAGUAAGAAUUAGCAGUGUAAAAAUAUGAAACAUUAAGUCUGAUAAACAAGUUAGCAUUAUAAAGCAAGUAAAGUCUAAUUAUCAUUAUCACCUGGAGAUGUACUAAUUCCAGUGAAAGUAACUCACCCAAACUGUCACAGGCAGGAUGUCGCUAUUAGUUAUUAAUAUGCACAUUCAAUGGUAUUUCUAGGAUUGUUUUACUGUGGGGAGGGGCUUAAGGGGGUCAAGUGUUAUUAAAUACGGAAGAAAUGGUCUUUUUUGCCUUUAAGAAGUGUGUAUUAUUAAUUUUUUUUUAAUUAUCAAAAAAGCCAAAAUUACCCCAGGCUCUCUUUGCAUAGCUUUCCAGCAGUCUGAUGCUGUUUCAGAUUACUAUUACCCCCCUCUGUUAGUUCUUUUAGUUCAAGUUGCAUAGUAUGCCUACCCUGCUAAUUCAAAGUAUUAACACUUUCAUGUCACAAUGUAGGGAGAAUGUUAAAAUUUUACAUACUAAAUUCUGGUAGCUCAAAUGGGUGGCUCCACUGGGGGGAUCUUCCCCAUCACAAACUUAGUGAACAUGUCACAUUGUGCACAUUCCUGCAAAAAAAAAUCAAAAUGUUUAUGUGUGAUCUACAUAAGUUCUUUUCCAGAUCAUAAUUUGCUUGUGUUACAUGUGACACAAAACUUGAGACUAUUUGACAAAGAUGAUACAAUACGAGGUGCAUCCUUUGCCAUAUUUUAAUGUAAUAAAUAAUUUGCACAGUGAGCUUUAUUUUCACUUCAAAAUUGACAUAGUUGAAAUAGAACCACUUGCUGGCAGAGACAACAUGAUGGGAUGGACUUGAGUG